AUGUUACAUUGGUCGUCGACGUAUCGUAGGCUGGCCGCCUUGGCCGGCUUCCUACUCGCAGCCAAUGCCCAAAACAUCACGGCGUCAUUGACAUGGACGAACACCACGUCAGACCUCAGUCGCGAAUCCCGCGAGGGCCUCGCCAGCAGGGCUGCCGCGGCACUCUUUGCUAAUGGCGUCGAUCCCUCCAUUCAGACCGACCCCACAGCUGCCGCUAGUCCACCCUACCUGCCCUCCCUUCGGUACUUUUCAAGCACGUUCUCAGUCCUCGCUCUUCAAGACUACCACAGCGGCAACACGACAUGGGGCGACAAAGUCGUCAACGGCAUGCAGGACUACUAUCAACAAUACGGCAUCUACAAGAAUCCCGCCAUCAACAGCGACUCGGUCUACUGGGGCCUCGCGUUCUUUUACGCAUACCGGACGUACAAGCAACAAGCAUUGCUCAAUCUCGCGAUAGAGGCCUACAAUGCGACCUAUACGGAUGCGUUCAUCACUCCUGAUGUGGCAGCAAAGGGCUCCGGGGCGGGGCGCGGAGUGCCGUUCACAUUCUCGAACUGCUCAGCCUUUACCUACGCUGGUGGUGUCUUCUGGGCCAAGGACGCGGUGAACGAUACUGAAAUCAACGCAGAGACGGUUGCGCCCUUCCUAGCGCUAUCGGCAUACCUGUAUGAAGAGACGAAAGAACCGAUAUACCAGCAAGCAGCGCAACUUGCCACGGACUUCACUCUCAAUCACAUGUGGAAUGGCACCGUCUUUGAGGAUACGCUGUACCCAGCCACAUGUACCAAGAAGACGGACCUUUCUCUUACUCUCGGCCAGUGGUUCGUGGAAGGUAUCGCCGUUUGGGCGAACGUAACCCAGAAUGCCACAUUGACAUCGAUGCUUGAGCUGUUCGUAUCCAACGUCACGACAUCUCCAACGUGGACAUUAAACGAUGGAGUCAUCAAAGAGGCUUUCGCACGUACCAAUAUCGAGGCGAUCGAUAAGGGUAUCUUCGUUCGGGCUUUGACCGAAGCUCGCGCCCGCAACCCUGGCACAGCACUCGCUCACUACAUCGAGUCGUUCAUCACAGUGCAGUUCAACUCCAUCCUGAGCCACUCGUUGGCAACGGAUACAGAUUUCUAUACGACGUCGUGGUUCGGCCCGGCCAAUUCGACUUUCAGCGCCGCUGGCAACAUCGCAGCCUUGGAUAUCCUGAAUGCGGCCUUUAGCUUUGCGACACCUACUACGUCAUCAUCAUCUCCAGACAGCUCCAGCACAGCGCCAACGUCCAGCUCUACAACUGCACCUGGAAAGACUUCGAGCGCAGGGGCCAUCGCCGGUGGUGUUGUAGGCGCGGUCGUUAGUGUCGCCGCGAUUGUCGGCAUCGUUCUUCGAUGGCGUCGCCGCCGCCGCACGCAUUCUCCCGCGAGCGCACUGUUCACCCGGAAUACAGACAUGAGGGGCAUGCCGGCCACUCAACCAUUCAUUUCACAAUCUUCGGUCGAACCAAUGUCGAAAUGGGAGCGCCAUCACGCGCCUCGGCGGACCGAGGCCCCGACUUGGCUAGCUUCUGAUUCUGCGCUCUCAUCAUCACCUCCUGCAUCCAGCGGAUACCAGCCUGGCACGGUGUCUGGAUCCAUUGAGCCACCGGACUCUGAGCUCCCGACUUUGGUUAACCGGCUGUACAACCUUGUACAGGGUCGCCAAGGAGAGCUCCCACCUCGCUAUGAGGGAUAG